UCAUUCAAUCUGUCAAUUGUCAUCGAGGAUUGGAAUUUCGAGGUGCGGGGGGAGGAAACAGAAGAAAAUGAAACGAGACGAGAGAGGUGAACCGUGCAUUCAUCGCUAUUUAAUUAUGUAGAUUAUCAAACUUUAUAGUCCCCAUUGUUCAGACCCGAAGUUCACACGCAAAGUAUAAAAAGUUUACCAUCGAAAUUCCCACGGGGGCGGCGAUGCCCGAAGAAAGUUGUCAGUCGCGUGUGUUGUGUUUAUAGUGAAGUUCAUGUUUUGUGCCCAGACUCGUCAAGUCAUCAUACGAGACUCGCUCAUUCAUACGUGCCAAAACACAAUUAAGUGCGACUGUUACGAUUACGCCAACGUAAUCCAUCCGCAGUGUCGUCUCGCGACGAUAGGAACAAUUUGGAAAGCGUAAUCCGAGAUCUCGCUCGGUGAUUCGUGAAAGCGUCUCGCUCGGCGAUGGCGGGGUUCCAGGCGCGCGACACGAUGCCCAAGCUGGGCCACGUGACGGACCUGCGCGAGCAGUGGCUGGUGCGCGCGGACGGGGCGCUGGCGCACCGCCUGCAGGACCGCGAGAUCUCUUCGCGCCUGUGCGAGAACCGCUGCCGCAACCAGCAGAUCCGCGAGGACUUCCCCGUGGCGCUGGGCGAGCAGCAGCAGCUGGAGAGCGAGGCGCGCGGCCGCGAGCGCGCGCGGCGCCGCCAGGCCGAGCGCGACGCCGACAUCGCGCGCCAGAUGGCCGAGAUCCACCUGCGCCGCCAGCGCGCCGCCGCCGCCGCGCGCCCGCUGCAGCCCGGCCCCUCGCGCGCGCCGCCCCCCGCGCCCGCCCCCGCUCCCGUGCUGCCCGACAUCAGCCCCGACGAGCUGGGCCUGUCCCCUGCUGAGGUGGAGGAGAUGCGGCGGCGGCUGUGGCAGGAGGAGCGCGACGCGCGCCUGGCCCGCGAGCUGAGCCACGCGGACGGCGGCGACGCGCUGCUGGCGGCCGACAUGCGCUGCGCUGUGGAGGCGCAGGACGGGGAGCUCGCCCGCCUCCUCCAGGAGAGAGAGUACAAAAAGUUGCAAAGAGCCAAAGAGAAAGCGAAACAGAAGGCUCUACUGAAAAAGCAGCAAAGGCUGUCUCAGCAGCAGAGCGAGGGGCAGGCGGGGGAGUCUCAGAGCUCACAGGCACAGCUGCUUGAUGCAUACAGCAAUCCACAGGACCUUAUUCGAGAAACAAAUGGCAUGAGACUCUGCAAGUCUGUUGAUUCAGACUUGAACUAUGUUGAACCUUUUGAAAAGGAACAAAUUCAGUCAAAAGCCAGUGCCUUACAGUCUAAAGAAAUAUCAAAACAAUAUUAUAACAGUGACAGUUUCACCAGGAGGACUGAUGUAGGAGGGUGCGAGCUCGGCUGCUCAUGGUCCGUAUCACAUGAUGAUACGGACCAUGAGCAGCCGAGCUCGCACAGCGUGGCGGCCAUGCAGCACCGACAGCCGCCGCCGCCGCCCGCCGCCAACAAGAAGCCUCGAUUCCCUGACCCUGUCAGCAUCCGGCCCGCAUCUCACUACCCCACAGACCAGGCUGAUACCGGUCCCCCUGGAGUGCCGCACCCCGGCAUGUCCCACAGCUACAGUGACAACAACAAUGUGUACACCUCCACCUUCCCCCCUGACUACAGCUCCACCUCUCAGAGCCGCGGCCACGACUGCAGCGACCCCUCCAAAAGACUGUCAGUCAUAUCUGACAUCACAGCUGAAGCCCUCAACAAGAAGAAAAACAAACAAGAACAGGUGCACAAGAAAAGAAAGGGAUGCAAGAUUCAAUAACUUAUCAUCUGUGCCUUACACUAUCUUUAACUUGAUUUGAUAUUAAUUUGUUAAAUUAUGUAAGAUUUGGCAACUUUCCAAUGAGGUGGCAAUCAAUCAUACUAGAAGAGUGUUUAAUUAACUGAACUAGUUUAUUUUUAUUUUAUAAAUGUAUCUUUAGAUGUUUUUAUAGAUACUUACUUUAUAUUUUUAUUUGGUAAUAAUUGCAGCUGCAAGAAACCAAUGAGCCAUUUUAUGUUUUGAUAAGUCACUUUUUAUUACACAUAAGAGUAUUUUUAAGUUGCAAACAUACAUUCCUGUAUGUGAUUAUUAUGAUUGAUAUUAUUUAUCUUGAUUGGUGGUGAUUAAGUUGACUCUUCCAGACAUGACUAAUGUGAUUGAUGAUGUUAAUGAUGUGAUGCUGACUUAAAAAGCUCAAAAGUCCUGGGUCAUAUAGUAUAGUUCUGCUUUCUUGGAAAGCAAUAAUAUAUGAAUCUCUUUCACUGAAAUAAUCUCUUUUCCACUUCAAGACUGAUUUUGAACUUUUCAAAUUUAUUUUGUUGAACUCAAUAAAUACUUUCCAUUAUUAUAAGUAAUAAUAUUCAACAUUGGUGCUCUCAAUUCCACUAUCAAAGUAUCUACAUUGAUAAUGUAAUUAGGUAAGUAGCUUUAGCUGGCUUAGCAGUUAGCACCUAGAAGAGUUUACAUUUACAUAAAAAACUAAAGUCUAUUUAAGAACCAACUUUCUCUAAACUUGAAUUUAAAAUAACUAGUGCAUAAGUAUAAUUAAAUUAGAGACUACUUUAUAAGCUUUAAUUGCAAUUAACGGCCUUAAGGGAACUGAACCAAACUUGAAUUAUUUAUAAACAUUUUACAAUUAAAUAUGUAUGUACCUACCUAGGUAAUUAAUAUUUUUAUAAGUAAACUCCAGUCAAAGCGACUUGUUUCUCUCUAUAUUCGAAUUUGAAUAAAAACUAUUGUUGUAAUAUGAAA